GACUAUUUCAGUCACAUGCGAUGGGAAGCUGGUGAGUUUAGAAUUACUACCACACGGCCGGAGUUUGACCACCUGAGGUGGUAAGCUUUAUGAAGCCUGCAGACCCCUUGUUUAAAAACGAAACUUCCUACACACCCGACUGAUAUGUGUGGCUUUACCUCCAUCUCCCCACAUGACCGAAUGGUAUGUAUGGCUUUACCUCCAUCUCCCCAAUGACCCAAUGGUAUGUAGAGCUUUACCUCCAUCUCCCCACAUGACCCAAUGGUAUGUAGAGCUUUACCUCCAUCUCCCCACAUGACCCAGUGGUAUGUAGAGCUUUACCUCCAUCUCCCCACAUGACCGAAUGGUAUGUAUGGCUUUACCUCCAUCUCCCCAAUCACCCAUCUCCCCACCUGACCCAGUGGUAUGUAGAGCUUUACCUCCACCUCCCCACAUGACCGAAUGGUAUGUAUGGCUUUCCCUCCAUCUCCCCAAUGACCCAAUGGUAUGUAGAGCUUUACCUCCAUCUCCCACAUGACCCAAUGGUAUGUAGAGCUUUACCUCCAUCUCCCCACAUGACCCAGUGGUAUGUAGAGCUUUACCUCCAUCUCCCCACAUACCCGACUGAUAUGUAUGGCUUUACCUCCAUCUCCCCACAUACCCGAAUGGUAUGUAGAGCUUUACCUCCAUCUCCCCACAUGACCGAAUUGUAUGUAUGGCUUUACCUCCAUCUCCCCACACACCUGACGGGUAUGUAUGGCUUUACCUCCAUUUCCCCACACACCUGACGGGUAUGUAUGGCUUUACCUUCAUCUCCCCACACACCUGACGGGUAUGAAUGGCUUUACCUCCAUCUCCCCACACACCUGAUGGGUAUGUAUGGCUUUACCUCCAUCUCCCCCCAUGACCGAAUGGUAUGUAUGGCUUUACCCCCAUUUCCCCACACACUUGACUGGUAUGUAGGGCUCAGAUUUCAUCUCCCGACACAUCUGAUAAUAUGUAUGGCCUUACCCUCAUCUCCCCACAAACUUGAUUGGUAUAUAAUUAUGACUUGAUUCCCAAAAUUUCCCCACACAACUGAUCGGUAUAUAAAGCCUGAUUCCCCACACGUUCCCCACAUACCUGAUUGGCAAAGAUGAAUUGAUUCCCCACACGUUCCUCACAUACCUGAUUGGCAUAGAUGAAUUGACUCCCACACUUUCCCACAUACCUGAUUGGCAUAGAUGAAUUGAUUCCCCACACUUUCCCACGCAUCUGAAUGGUGUUAUCGAUUUUCUCCACUCUCCAAACAUUGUACAGACAUGGUGGCAAGUUCCCACACUGUCACCUUCAAAUCACAGACAACUUUAAAUUUUCUAUUGACAGAUCUGAGGAACCACUACCAUGUGCAUGGUCAGAGACUAUCACUACUUGAUAGAGAAGGUCUGCCAUCGGGUUGGCUUGCUGAGGACCAGCAGAUUGUCAACGUGAGCUCGUACGCCAUGAAACUUGCUCUCGCCAACAAGGGCUCGAGACGAGGGCAACAGCACCAGGGCAACUUGGGCAAGCGUGCGUCACGUGACGGUGAAGGCCCAUCAGACAAGGGGGGCGCGGUGAGCCACCGCAAAGCGACUGACCUCGGAGCCCUUGACGACGUCACGGUCAGGAACAACACGAAACAAAGGAAGCGAAGGAGGAAGAAGAAGGUCAAGGACACGGGUGUCAUGGCGACGGUCGCCCCGGAUGCCGUCGCAGGUGGAGGCAAGCCGAGGUUGGGCGUGACCGAAAAGCUAGUGAGAACACUUCAGCCAACUGUCAAAGUCCGUUAAUUUGUAUCUGACAGGCGCAUUCGCCUAGAGAUAGAUGUCAGUGACAAUGUGACAAUGGCCAAGCGACG